AGGUUGGCGGCGCGCCCAAGGGCCAGAAGGGGGCGGAGAUGAUCGGCAACUUUGUGGUGCACGAGCUGCUCGGGCAGGGCGGGUUUGGCAGCGUGCGCAAGGGUGUCCACAUGGAGACGGGCGAGACGGCGGCUGUGAAGUUCGUGCCCAAAGGCAGCUUCCGGCAGAUCUCCGACCUGCAGCGGGUCUUCCAGGAGAUCCAGUCCCUCCGCCAGCUGCGGCACCCCAAUGUGAUCCGCAUCAUCGACGUAGUGGACCACCCGGACUCCGUCGUCUUCAUCAUGGAGUUCGCGGCGGGCGGGGAGCUCCGAGGCUACGUCGAGGGGCGCAAGUUUCUCGGCGAGGACGAGUCCCGGGGUUUCUUCAAGCAGAUCGUGCGCGCCGUGCACUACAUCCACAGCAAGAAGAUCAUCCACAGGGACCUGAAGCUAGAGAACAUUCUUCUCGACGGGCAGCAGUGCUGCAAGAUCGUUGACUUCGGUCUCUCUGACUAUGUGUCCUCCAAGGAGCGCACGGUGACCGACGCGGGCACGGAGGCCUACCUCGCGCCAGAGGUCUGGAACGGCAGCUCGGAUAAGUCCGACCCCUACAAACUGGACGUCUGGAGCAUGGGCGUGAUCUUAUUCGCGAUGGCGCACGGCCGGCUCCCGUUCAGCCGGCCGGACAGGGACGCGUGCGCGAGGCUGGAGUCGAACGGGCUCGACUUCAGGGAAGAGCUGACUGGCCUCUUCCGGAAGAUCGCCAGGGCCAUGCUCACGCCGGCGCCCGAGAAGCGCGCGCAGGUGUGCGACGUCACCCUGGACCCCUGGGUCACAGGCAACCGCUUCGCGCACUACCACAUGCUCGACGGGGAGGACGGCAUGGGGCCAGGCCACCCUGGCGAGGGGCGCGGUAUCCGGAGGCUGCGGAGCCUCACGAGGCGAACGACCUUCUUCGAGCGGGCCGCUGCCACCCUAGGCCCCCCCGGGCAGGGCACGGUGAUGCCCAGCAGCCCUCGCGUGGAGGCCGCGACUCCCGGCUCGUCGCCGUCCCGGAGGCAGGGCAGGCUCGCGGGCACCGGCUCUGGGCAGCCCGCGGCCAACCUGCGGAACCACCUGCAGCCGACCCCGAGGCGUCGCUCCAGCACGACGGCGACCACGGAGACGCCAUCGGAGCGGGACUGCGACCUGUCCGACGGAGACUGGGCGACGCUGUGCUCGAUGAGCCCGAGAGUAGCGAUGUUCCGGCAGAGCCAGAGCUGCCGAAGGGGCCCGGCGCGGCAGGAGGCUUCGCGCUCGCCAGGAGACAACCGGGUCCUCUUCCACACGCAGCUCCACUCCACGCUGGGCGGCCCCCGGCGUGCGAGGGGCUGACUGCGGGCCUCGCG